ACAAUGACAUCUCCAAAGUUUCUCUUCUAUCUGACGUGUUUGUUCUUCGGAAAAGUUGCUCAGACCACCGAUCCAAAACUCUCAUCUCUUCAUCAAGAGAGGGGUUUUGUAUCAGCUAAAACUGGGGAUAACUUCACUUUGAGAUGUUUCUAUAAAGGCGAUGUUGCUUCAAGGUUUCACUGGUAUAAGCAAACUCUGGGACAGAAACCACGGCUCAUCUCUACUUACUACAAGUAUGAAAAAAAUGGAACAUUUCAUGAUGAAUUCAAAAACAAUCCACGCUUCACAUUGGAUACUGAAACAGGUAAAUAUAACUUGAAGAUCACAGAUUUGCGCAUUUCAGACUCAGCUACCUACUACUGUGCAAGUUAUACAUUAUCAAUUGAAUUUGCGGAGGGAACCUUAGUCGAUGUAGAAGGUUCAGGUUUGAAGAUCCCAGCUACGGUCCAUCAGUCAGCAUCUGAGAGCAUCCAGCCAGGAGGCUCUGUGACUCUGGACUGUACAGUACACACUGGGACCUGUGAUGGAGACACACACAGUGUUUACUGGUUCAAGAACUCUGAAGAAUCUCAGCCAGGACUCAUUUACACCCAUGGAGGCAGGACUGAUCAGUGUGAGAGGAAACCCAACACACACACGUACACCUGUGUCUACAAGCUGCCAAUGAAGACUCUUUCUCAUACUGGGACCUACUACUGUGCUGUUGCCUCAUGUGGACACAUUCUCUUUGGAAACGGGACCAAGCUGGAGUUAGAGGAUGAGAUGGACUAUCCCAUCUUGGUGUAUUUCUUGAGUGGAACUUCGACAUUCACCACCAUCCUGAGUGUUUUACUGGCCCUCACAGUGUGCGUGAUGAACAAGGGAAACAGCCGCCAAUUUAAAGAGUCUCAAGCCAGAUGUCCCCCCACAGCGAAAGCAAAGGGUUACCAACACGCUGAAAACCUUUAUUAUGCUGCUUUAAGUGCCGACCUGUCCAACAGAUCAAGAGGACAGAGGGAUCCCACCUGGAGUGAAUGUGUGUACUACAGCGUAAAGCAGUAGAACUGGACUUAUUACAUUUGUACUUUGGAGUAAGACAGGAUUUUCUUAGUGC